GUUGACGGUGUUUUAAUCUCGCUUGUAGGUCACAGCGCCAGGCAGUCGUGGUGCACGCCAAGAAUGGGUAUUGAUAUCUGUCAUAGAUACGAUAGAAAGGUAAAGAGGAAAAAUCCAAAAAGCGAUGAUGUGUAUCUUCGCCUGCUUGUUAAAGCGUACAAAUUUUUGGCACGUAGAACCGGUUCAAAAUUCAACAAAAUAAUAAUGAGGAGACUUUUUAUGAGCAAAAUCAACAAACCAGCCCUGUCUCUGGCACGCUUGAUGCGGGUAAUGAAGAAAAGUGGGCGUGAAAAUAAAAUCGCUGUUUGUGUUGGAACCAUCACUAAUGAUACGAGAAUACGAGAGUUCCCAAAAAUGAAAGUGUGUGCUCUUCGAGUAACCGCGGCUGCCCGUGAACGGAUUUUACAUGCUGGUGGUGAAAUAAUCACUUUCGACCGUUUGGCAAUUCUCAGUCCUCUGGGAAAAAAUACAGUGCUUAUUCAGGGACCGAGAAAAGGAAGAACUGCUGUCAAACACUUCGGCCCUGCACCUGGAGUACCAUCAAGCCAUACGCGACCCUACACUAUUUCAAAGGGUCGUAAGUUCGAGAAAUCUAGAGGUCGUCGUGCUAGUCGGGCUUACAAAAAGAAAGGUGGACGAUAAAAAUAUAUACGAGAAUGCUUUCUGUUUUAAGUUUGUGGUUGGAAUAAAUUAUCGAUAAUGAAGACGAACGUGUUUCUCAUUUUGGACUAAUACCAGUCCUAGUACAUUCGUCUAUGUCUGGAUGGUGAAACAUUCAAUUUUAAAGAACCCAAACAUGUAUAUAUAAGUACUAUUAGUAAAAAUGUUCAGUCUUGUCACGCGUUGUCAUCUUGUUUCGUUAGUAUCAUAAACAAACGAAGCUAUAAAUUAACUAAGGUAAUGUACCAACUUGGGCUGAAGCUAAUUAAAUCGUGUUGUGUUCAUAAUUAAUUUAUGGGUUUCACAAUGUCGACGCUUCCCUAUAGACUAUCGGUGGUAAUUUUUUAGUAAACUAGCGGAUUUACUUUGGAUGUACUUGUAUCAUGAAACCUUUUUUCCCUAAAUGACUAGUGAGUUUGCUUCAUUCGGUGCGUGGGAACGUUAUAUCAUGCUUUUUGUAAUCGGAUGUUUAUAGUUAUACAUCCCCUUUAACUUGCAUCAGUGAUUUGUUCCAAAGAUAGUUUUCUUUCGGGCGUUCUUAGACAAAUAAUCUGUGUCAUUCGUUCACAAUUGUACUACCAACGGUAUUGGCUGACGUUCUUUUACUUUAAAACUAUAUUUAACUCAUCCAGUUCUAAGUUUCGUUUUAUUAAGCGUCAUCUGGAUAUAGAUGUGUUAUAAAUCGCUCUUUUCUUACGGUAAUGACCCAGCUAUUCCUAUUGCUUAGUAUUCUCGGACACCGAUUCACUCGACAAGUCCCCAAAUCAGAACACGGUUGAACAGGAAAGAGAUUAUAUUCCAAAUAGCAAGUCAGAAACACAAUAGGGAAAACGUCAGUAUAUUUAUAGUUUUUACAUAAGAAGAUUCCAGAGUGUUCUCCAACUAUCGGCUAGUGCUGAUUAGAUAAGAAUUAGCCAAUCAGCGUGCACCAAAGCAAUCAUGCAUUGAGCAUGCUUUAAUCUAGUCUAUGUCCCGCUAACACCUCCCCUUUGAGCAGAUUCGUAGGAUCUGGUGCUAGGGUCCAACUGCAACUGAGUGACUGGCUUGUGCUUUCGAUUAGUCCAUCGUUUAGGCAAUAGAGAAGUAUCACUCUUUUCUUGCACAGAAACUGACGUGUCCAUUCCCGGCGUUUUGAUUUCAAAGGUGUCUAGCAGAGCAUCAAGAGGUAAUCGAUAUUGAAUCUUGUUGCUGGCUAUCGAAGUUGCUUUCAAUUGGUUAGCAUGACGUACUCAAACUUCUGAGCCAACUGACACCUCGUAAACCACAAGAUGCAUGAGUUAACUCUGGAAUGUUCGAUCAAUUAAGUGAUCAUUUUUCGAAAUUAAGGGCUUUUUUAAUGUUUGAAUCCAGUCAGCUACCCGCGUACGUGUGUCCAUAAUUACCCAAUUACUAUCAACCUGAUUGUCCAUUUGAUAAGUCUUGCUGAUUGAACGCUAUAUUCGGUUCCUAAGCUAUUCUCGUAACCCCCAAGCUAGGACUACACAGCGACCUGAACACUAUAGAAAAGGUGCAAAAUAUGCGAAAAGCACUUUACUCCAAAGGUUCGUUCCAGUACAGAAAACGUAGGGUUUUUAUAUUAUUUUAGAUGUCCUUGGGUUUCCCGAAAAUUCUGAAAUGCUACUAGACAUAGUAGCAGUAUAGUAGUCAGCCAAUCAGAAACUGUACACGUGACUUUUCACUUUCUUGAUGUUUCUGGCUAAAAUUAUAGAGGACGCUGAUUGGAUAAAGUGCUUGUUAGUAUUUCCUGAGCCCUUCUUAGCUUUUGCAAGAAGUUUUCUGGACCACCCCAACAGCAUUAAAACCCGUUUUCUGAAGAAGACUGAAGGUUACAGUGAUAACACAAAUAUUAGAUUAUUCAUAAGGAUAAGAUUUAGUUUUGACAUUCAAAUCCAUUUACUAGUUUUCUUUGUUGAUUUUCAAACGAUGAAAGUGUUUGCCUUCUAAGUAUUGUAUCAUUAACUAGUUAUACAGUUAUCAUGUAAAUCUAUAUGACGUAAUAUUAGAAAAUGUUACCGACAAAUAGCUAAAUAAUCAGUUAAUAGUUAUUGCAAACAGCCCUUGUAUUCGUUUAACAUGACUUUGUUCAGGAAGCAAAGGCAAUAUUGAUUAGGUUUUAUGAAUCCAUACAAAUCUCAGUUAACCUAGCAAGAUUAGCACUUCAAAUAUCUGUAUUAAAAUUCAGAAAGUCCUCAUAUUAUGAUAAGAACAACAUAUAUGAGCGAACAAUGUUAUUUUCCAUUAGAUCCUCGUCAGUUUGUCAAUCAGUAAGGAAAUGGUACUUGUACAUUGGAGUAAACUGUAUGGAACCUUGGCUUUUAGUGGCGAAGAAGCUGGGAAGUACGGAGGCUCGGUCCGUGAAAAAUUUCUGAAUAAAUGUGCUUGGAGAUUUAUGUAGGCUGCAUAAUUUCAUAACUAGCACAUCGGUAUAACAAGACCGAUUAGUCUUUAGUACUUUAAAGUACUAAAAUAUGUAUGAAAAGUUGUAGUAUCGGUAAUAGUAAUCACAUUAAGCUUAGGGAAUAUGAUUCGAACAAAAUAAAGGGUAUGGAAUAUUCUCAAGGAAAGAUAGCAAAUGGAUUUAAAUUAACCCGACUUAUUCCGAGCCAUGUUAUCCAAAGUUUCGGAUCGUUAAUUUCAUUAGUCGCGCGAAGCCCCAACCAAGUGAUCUGAAACUGCCAACAGUGAGUGAAUUUACGAACCGUUUCUACUUUCUGACUUCCUGUCCCGUAGGUCUUCUAUGCCUUUACACACAAGCAAACAUCGCACGUCGAGUAAAGUGGUUGGCGGGUAUGUGCAAUCUAACCAUCCCAGUCUAUAAAAAUCCACGGCCACUAACUGGUUUGUCUUUUUCCUGCAUAACACUCUGCAUCUAAGCUCAAGAGUUGGAAUUCAAAAGCUAUAUCUACUAUGGAACCCAACUCCUCUUGUAGUCCCUCUGAGGGCUACUGCCGGUCCCAAGCCCGAAUAAAGGAGGAGGGUUGGGUAGUGGGUUAGCGACCCCAUCCCGUAGGAAACUAAAUCGCUAAAAAACGCUAACCAAACAAAAUUAUUCAAACUGCCCUGGGAGCCAGAAGGUCUUCAUUUAGAAGAACUAUGACGCCUCAUGAUGAAAGCCGAAUUCCUUCGGAAGUUACGAGGCCGAUGCCCCUCCUGACAACCAGAGCGACCAUUUAUUUAGGUACAUGGAAUGCUCGUACAAUGUAGGAGACUGGGGGAGUCUUCCAAAUUGCUGCAGAAAUGAGGAGAUACAACCUAGAGGUGUUUGGGACCAGAAAAAUUUAUUGGACGAAAGUCGGACAACAAAGACUAGCUUCAUGGGAGCUUCUGUUAUACUCCGGCCAUGAAGAAGAAAAUGCCCCACAUACACAAAAAGUUUCAUUAUUGCUGUCCAAACAAGUACAAAAUGCACUUAUAGGAUGGGAUCUCAUGGACCAACGAUCAUCAAAGCCUCCUUCCAAACAAAGAAAGAGGGCAUUUCAAUGAACGUCAUCCAAUGCUAUGCGCCUACCAACGACUACAAUGAAGACGCUAAAGAUCAAUUCUACAAUAGGCUGCAGUCAAUCAUCGAGACGUGCCCAACAAAGGACCUGACCAUUCUGAUGGGAGAUUUCAACGCCAAGGUUGGAACAGACAACACUGGAUAUGAAGACAUCAUGGGACGACAAGGACCGGGAGAAAGAAACGAAAAUGGUGAGAGAUUUGCAAAUCUAUGUGCCUUCAAUAAGCUGGUCAUAGGCGGCACCAUAUUCCCAUAUAAACGCAUACACAAAACCACAUGGACUUCACCGGAUCACUAUACACAAAACCAAAUCGACCAUAUUUACAUCAACAAAACGUUCAGGAGGACUAUAGAGGACGUGAGAACCAAGAGAGGAGCUGAUAUAGCAUCAGAUCAUCACUUGCUGGUCGCCAAGAUGAAAUUGAAACUCAAGAAGCACUGGACAAUGGGGCGGACACACAUUGAGGAAAGCACCCAACUGCAUCACAAGCUAAGCCCUCACAUGGAAUCCUCAAGGUCAAGUGAAGAGAAGAGAAAGACCAAAGAACAUAUUACGCCGAGAAAUGGAGAUAGACAUGAGAAAAGUGGACAAGAAUUGGAUGGAACUAGAAAAGAAGGCCCAGGACAGAGUGAGUUGGAGAAUGGUGGUCGGCGGCCUAUGCUCCAUUGGGAGUAACAGGCGUAAGUAAGUAAUUGUGGAACCCACUGCGUUCUAUGGUGAAUAGUCCCUAAAUCUUGAAAUUCAAGAAUGAAACAUUAAAUUACACAGUGAGACUAUAAGUUAUGGACAACCAGAAUUCUACGUAUGUGCCUUUCGUAAAUAAAUAAAAAACAGCGCAGAUUGAACUUAACAGUUCGUUAGUGCUACACAUGAUUAUGUUUCACAAUUAAAGAGAAAGCUAUUUUCACUUACUGGAUGUACUACAGAUAGGGGUGAAGAAUUAUCGUUAUUACUAAUAGCUUUAUUCAAUAUUAUAUUUUGGUUCAAUAUACAAAUACUCAGCACAGGGUAUUUCAUCAAGUUUCUUGCGCACAAAAGACAAACAAAAACGAAAAAAGGUUUUGAGAAAAUCUGAAGAACUGUACAACUUUUCAAAUUAGAAACAUGUUAAGAAUGCAGGUUAUUGACUAGGUUAACUCUAACAACCUGUUCGUCACAGAGUAUAUUUGCUAGGUAAGGUAUUAUAGAACUUCUAUACUUUUGCUUGCGUGCAUGGAUUUUAAUGUUUUGACGUCUCGUUCUACCAGAAGAUAUAUAAGGAGAAAGAUAAGAGUGAAGGGGAUGGUUAGUAUCUGAUAAAAUGACACCUGCCAGGAGUUUGCAUGACUUUAAAUGUCUAUCCACAAUCAUAUUAAUUAUGACCUCGAACGAUUCACCACACACUUUGCUAACUGCCUUCAGCAAAGUCUUUUCUCAAAAGCCCGUGAAAGAAUAAUGGAGAACAGUAAAGAAUAAUAGGUAAUAUGCAAGAAUUGACAAAUUGUAAGAGUAAAUGACGAGUAAUCCCAAGAGCAUGCAGUCUUUAUGUAGUAAGUCAGACGGGAAACCUUCGAUAAUAAUAAAACGUGAGAAGAGCAAGAGAGAUCAGAGAAAAAGGCGACACUAAGAUAAUUGACCUUCGACACUGUGUUUAUCAAAGAGUCUCCGAUGGUACAAGGAUUAUGGGAUCUCAAAAUGGUGUUUAGAUUCCGUUCAUGUCUCAUGCUAAAGUUAACAGCUUGACAUUUAGACGGAUUAAGUAUGAGACCAUUACCAACAGACCAACAAUCAAUACAAGACAAAAACUCAUUCAUUUCUAUGGGAUGUAAAGAGGAAGAGAUAGGUAUACAUACAGUGAGAUCAUCCGCAUAUUUCACAAAAGUGUUUUCUGUGGAAGAUGGCAGAAAAAAGAGAAAAGAAGAGGUGAGAGAACAACUCCUUGUGGUGCACCUUCAUGAGACAUUAGAGACUCUGGACACUUUCCUCCAAAUACAGUGUACUGUUCCCUUCCAGAGAGGUAGAGACAUAGCCAGUUGGUUAUCCAGCUGUCAGUGUUGACGCUGAUUAACUUGUUAAUUAGACGUUGUCUUGGUAUAGAAUCAAAAACUGAAGUAUAGUCAAGAAAAGCGCAUCGAACAUACUUCUUACCUUUUUCUAAGUUGAACACUAUAUUGUGAUGCAGAACAGCAACAGCAUCUGAAGUGCUUCUUUUGCACCUGUAAGCAAACUGAUACGGAUCAUUAUGCUCUUUUAUCGCAGGCUGAAGUGGAAGUAUUAAUAAUUUUUCGAUUGUUUUGAUGAAGGGUGAAGUUACUGCAAUAGGUCUACAUUUUACAUUCUUAUCACCAGAUACUUUGUUGGGUACAGGGAUUAUCUUUAUCUUUCUCCACACUUUUGUAUGAGAUUAGAUGA